AUGGCAUCCCACGUGCCCGCACCGCCAACGGCUAUACCAACGAAGACAGGCGGUCCCACCAGGACGCCUCAGAGGAGCCCGCCAAAGCGGUCAAUGAUGGUUACCGCGGCGCAGAAGCAGGCGCUCAUAGAUAACCUACAGCUAGAGAUCACCGAACGCGCGCGCAAACUACGAGCGCAGUAUGCUUUACACGCGCAGAGCUUGCGCUCCCGUCUCGAGAUGCGCGUCAAUCGCAUCCCGCAAUCCUUACGGUCAACCAAUAUCAUGGAGUUGAUCGAUAAAUAUUCAGAGCCAUCUGCACCGCCGGCAACUGCCGUAGUACCUGUAGCGAAGCCUGCGAGUCAAGCAGCGAAGCGUCCAGUGAAAGUCGAAGCCUCGCGGGAAGUCCAAAUAGUGCCAACCCCGGUCAGACUACAGGGCAAAAAGCGGCCAAGCACCGAGAUGUCCCACUCAGACAAGGAGAACGUCCACAUUCACGAAGACCUCAACCUUCCAAAGAAGCGCGCAAAGACCGCGGCCGCCGCAGCAAACACACGCGCAACCCGCACAGCCUCGCGCCCGGUCGCGCCCUCCACGGUUCUCUCCCCCAAAUCGCACAACUCGAGAACGCUUCCUCAGUCGCCGUUUAAAGUUACCGAAUCAAUGUUUAAGCCUCCUCCCUCACCACCAAAAUCCUUCCUCGCUCGUCCCAUAUCUCCUAUCAAGCCCGGCGGCGUAGUGGCCGCGGCUACUGCAUCGCUUGCCAGCUUUGUGAAUCAGAAAUCUACGGCUGCCGCAAGACCAGCGGCCCCAAGCCGAGCGACAAGCCGGGCAACGAGCCGACAAGCCGGUACUGUUGUCGCGCCUACAGCCACUGGCGCUGGGCGGGGAAAGAAGCGCGUAGGGGGACCUGCAGAACCCGUCGCUGAUGGAGGCAGAGGCAGGGGAAGUGAUGGAAGCACUGGAUCAGAUGACAGUGCUGCCACGACUAUUGUGGCGAAGAACAAGGCGCCUACCGCAGCAGGAAGGAAGGCUGCUGUCACCAAAUCUACUGCUGCUACUGCUGCUGCUGUUGGAACGGGAACGGUGGCGAGAGGAAGGGCAGCGGCGACCAAGAAAGAGAACGCGGCACCAGCUGCGGGUGGAGGCAGGGUGCUGAGGGCUAGGAAGUGA